AUGGCGUCCGUCAAGCGCACUGUCGCCGUCGCAUUGGCUUUCGUCCUCGCGCUCGUCGCCGCGUACACCGCUGUCCACAGCUUCGCUCUCCUCGCACCCACGCGCCCGAUUUUUACGGCGCCUCAAAAGUUCGUCACCACAUACACCGCUGUUCACAGCGUCGCUCGAGUCGCACCCACGCGCCAGCGCAACUCCCGUCCUCUCUCCUUUCAGAACUCGUUGAUUUCUGAGUCGACUCAGAAGAACACUGCCCGCUCCCUCGCGCCCGCGCGCCCGCGCGACUCUCGUUCUCUCUCCUCCAAGACCGCAUUCACCGCACCCGUCGGUAACGCGCAGUCAAGCGUGAAUGACGCCGCAAUCCCCGCUGUCGUCCCUAGGCCCGCGCCGCUGCAGCUGCAGCAGCAGCCCGCGUUUCAAGCUCCAGCCGACAGCGCUCCGCUCGAGCGCGUGUGCGGCUCGCCAGCUGUCGACGGCUACGCGCACGUGAACGCCACGUGUCUCGAGGCGUCGCCCACGAAUCGCCUGUGGUGGUCCGUGCAUCCCCAGGUGCGUCCCCUCUCUGCCUCAGUCAUGGCGGCGUUGCUGCACGCGAUCUGGUUGAGGUAUCUCGACUCGCUCAAGCAUCGCCCGAUCCUCACCAAGGCACUGACGUCGGCGUCGCUAGCGGCCGUGAGCGACCUGAUGGCGCAGCGACUGGCGUCCCGCAAGCCCGUGGAGCUCAGGCGAACGAUUCUCAUGUGGCUGUUCGGGCUGCUCUACAUGGGCCCAUCGGCGCACAUGGUGCAUCGUGCGCUCGACGCCAUCUUUGCUGCCAAGAGAGACACCAAAACCGCGCUAAAAAAGGUGGUGGUAGAGCAGCUGACAUACGGCCCGUGCUGCAAUGUGGUGGCCAUUAUGUGGAUUGCCUAUGUGGUGGAGCGACGCUCGUGGAUGGCAUCCAAGAGGCGGCUCUUUGCUGCAUACCCAGGAAUCCAGAUCAAUGGAUGGAAGGUGUGGCCACUUGUAGCACUGAUUAACUAUAAGUUCAUCCCAUUCAACCUCCGUGUGCUCUUCUCCAAUGUUAUUGCCAUCUUCUGGUCUACUUUUCUCAUUCUAAAAGCAAGAGGAAUCAAGGACAAGCAAAGCUUGGAAUAA